ACAAACGGAACUAAAUUGUGUAAAUGGGAACAGACUUGUUAUUAAUCAAGUUGACAGCUGACCUGAGCCAACUGACUGACAGACGAGUCGAGACAGGGCAGUGAAUUGAUUUUUUCGAAAAUGUCGUUCACAGACAAGAUAAGUAUGAUGAUGUCUCGGCCGGGGGGCGAGAACGUCCAGAAAGAUGACGUUCCCUGGUGGAUGCGCUACGGUGGACGAGGCUUGGGGACAGUUGGCAGCUUCUUUGCCAUUUUAUUCGGUCUGCUGAAUUGCACUGGCAUACUGUAUUUAAACGUGCAGUGCCUGAUAGCGGGCAUCUGGCAGAUGCUGGCCGGGUUCCUGGUCAUAGUGUGCGAGGCGCCGUGCUGCUGUUUCUUCAUAGACUACGUGCAGACUCUGUCCGACAAGGUGGACUCCCGACCCUACUGGAACAAGGCCGUCUUGUACUGCGGUUUGGCGGUGCCGCCCUUCUUGAUGUGCAUCUCCGUCAGUACUUUCCUCGGCAGCGGGGUCAUCUUCGCGACUGGGGUCAUCUACGGCAUGAUGGCGCUCGGCAGAAAGGCGUCAAGGGAAGACAUGAUAUCGUCGGCGGCGAACCUGGAGGCGGGCCUGGGUCAGCCGACCACCGCGCCGCGCGCCAACCUCGUCUCCAACGAGCUGCCGGCCAGCUUCACCGGCGCGCCCGCCCCGCACUGACGCCCGCCGCGACCUACAGCCUCCUGCGAUCCUAUAGCCCCCUGGUACUUUGCCGGGUUUCACAGCUCGGCGUAUCCUUCGCAUAUUGACCACCGCUGUCCUACGCCCUUGUGCGACCCUGGUAUGUUGAGUUAUUUAUUAAUUUACUAAUAAGAAAUCUGUCAGCUUCUACUGCACACUACUCCAGUGAGUCUUCGAUCAUCCUUUACGUUUUUUCAUCGUGCCGGUACGUGCUGUGCUUUGAUAAAAAUACUGCUCAUUUUUCCUCCGCUUGAUAAAUACUGAGCCGCAAAAUACUCUAUUAAGACAUGAUUUUUAGCAGUUGAACUUGAGAACUCCUUUGUAAUAUGCGCUCCUGGUAUCGAGGCGCCGCAUGAUGUUUUCCCACACAAUUUGGGGCGGAAUUUGUAUUAUUCCAUUGCUACGCCCUAUUUGUUAGUGUUGAAUCUUGUGCACGCUUUGUAUCUUUAUGCGAUCCUUCGCAUAACGAACGGCGGUUGAUAAUGGGAGUUACCAAAAUUCUUAUCCUCACGUCCGCAUUUAAUCUUACUCUGCAUUUAAUCCGGUCAAUAAAAUUUCUCCUAUUGAAGAUAUUUCGAUAUGUAGCAUGACGUUAUAUAGAAGUUUUACGGAUUUAAUUUCUUUGUUAAUAUAUAAAAUAUAUAGGUAUUCAACUAUAAACAAUAUAUUCUGGCUGUUGUGUAAAAUUAAUCAUUAUAGCAACGAAAAUUGAUUGUUUCAAUGUCAUGAUUUUAAUAGAUGAGAAGACAUAUCCAAAUCUAGUAUUUAUUUAGAAAAAUCUUGUAAAGUAUAACAAAGUUGAUAGUUCCAAAUUGUCUAUAAUAUAAAAGUAUAGUUACGUGCUUUAUGAUUCGUAAGGUAAGUCUUAUAGAUGUUGUUCACAAAAACGGUAGUUAGGGGUUGAGGAAAGUUGAGCACAAUAUUUUAGCGAUUAUAACAAUUAACUUUAUAAUUAGGCCUGUGUUGGAAUUAAAAUUCAAGUAUUCAUUGUGUGUUAUUGAAGGAAAGCUGUCAAAAAGUAUAUUUCAAGGGCGUGAGGAUGUUAAAACGUGACCCAAAGUAAUCGGUAUGGCACUUAAAAUAAGGUUGAAAUUACUAUUCAAUUAGGAUUAGCGUUGGUGAGACUUCUGUCGGUGACACAUUUAUUUCAGUGUUGCCACUGUGUCGUGUCCUCCAAAAAUAUAGGUAGUAUUGCCAAAAUAUACCCUGUUUUACAUUUUCGAUGUUGUCAUCUCAUGAAAGUCCCAUAUUUUUAUUUAAUUAUGAUGAACUGAAAUUAUUUUUCCUAAUAUUAUUUGUAAAUUAUAUACAUAUUUAAUUAUUUAAAAGGAAUAUUCUUUUAAAAGGAAUUAUUGGUUUUACCAAUAGUUCCUUUUAAAAAGACCGAUUGUUUUGUAAUUUGACGGCAGAGUCAUGCAUUUGCGCAGCUGUAUUUAUAAUACUUAAAUGACUUUUCACAAAUGAGCUACGAUUUGACCCUCAUGUAAUAUUCAAGCUGCAUUCCUUCCAGCAUUGUUGUGUGUGCAAGACAUUAGUAUCAAAAAUAAAUAUACGACAGCGUUUUCUGAUAUUUUUUUAAGCAGUAGUAUUUUUUCGUUAGCUAUGGCAACACUCCACCUUUACUGACUUUCUUUAAAUCCCAGUGAUUUAGCAUACCUACGACUAAAAAUGUUGAUUGGGUCAAAUCGUGGUAAUUUAAUAAAUUUUAAUAAACCUAUGUUUGUUUAUAUUCGUAGGUAAAUCAAUUAACGUAGAUGAGGGCUGUUAAUAGAGUUAUAUUACGUUAAGUCCUAGAUAAAUGUUCGGUAGAAAAAUAUACUUUUCACAUUGGACUUUUUGAUGUAGAUAUUUUUUUAUAGCCAAUGUUUUACAUUUUAUAUUAUUUCGUAAAUUAACAUUGUAUAUUUAUGUGUAAUGCUAAUAAUUAAUAAUGAGAUUUGUACUGAUUUAUUUAUUUUUCAAAUUAUUGUAAUAGUAAAUCUUUUUAUACUUAGUUUUGGCUGGUUUUUUGGUAAAUUUUACAUUCCAUUAAGCACUGAACCCUUUAUUAGCUUCCCCUAGUUUAAUUUUUGAUGUAUUUAACAUAACUGAGGCUUUUUAUAUUUAAUAUACUUACUCCAUUUUACAAUACCCGAUUGAUGAUACUUAUAUGUAGAAGUCACACAUACACACAAGACUUGAAUAUAUUUUCGGAGAUGUCAAGGAGGUUACGCAAAAAGACUUUCACAGUGGUAAAAUGUUUUUGAAAUUAUUUUUUGUGUAUAUUGACACGUUAGCCGUACAUUCUACGCUAAGUAUAAAUUAUAGUAUUUUUGGCAGAAGGUAUAAAAUUGACAUUUUCAUAUCUUCGUGUGCAAUGCAUGCCUAACAUCAGAUAGGAGUUAUUAAAAGGCAAUUUAAAUUUUAUAUUGCCUUUUAAUAACUAUGUAUGACAUUUAAUGUAUGACGAAUUAUAAAACACUCUGAAAUAUUCUUUAUUUCUCCAGUCCAAUAUUUGUUAUUGUUUAUGCAUAUCAAUAAUAAUAAUUAAUUUGCUCCGACUAUAAAAUGAUUAAUUUUUAAAAAUAGACUAAAACAAAUAACGUUGAAAUUUUUGCAUGUGUAAUGUCACUGGGCUGUUCAAUGCGUUUCCAAUACAUGUUUGGUGUCCGACCAUGAAAUAAGACAUCUGGAAUAAUUAAUUACUUAAAUCACGUUAAACGCGCACGUACCUUGGUGGUCCUUGGUGGUUCUCGGAUAUUUCGGGCCGCGUUACAACGACCAGUGAUCACCGAGCGCCUGACUCAGCGGCCUACUGCUCCGACGACGCACGGAAAAAAAUCUUUUUGUCGUCAUCUUGUUGUAUAGGAACGGUUUUGUGACGAUUAUUUUAAUACCUGUUUUAAGUAAUGAAUUAAAAGGAAGUUGAAAGUUUAAAAUUAGUUAUCUGGAAUAGUCUUUUCCGAGUGGCGUAUAGAUUUUUAAAGUAGGUGUGUAAAGAUGGCGUCUUGUUUGACUUUAAGAUUCUGUUUUGUGCAAUAAUCUGGGCAGCUGAUAUACUGAUGAACAACAACAGACAGUUGCCGUAUUAACGUUUACGCAUUUAAACUAUGUUAUUAAUCUUACGAUAUUUUCAUAAUCGGUCUCGCUAAAUGGCGCUAGAUAACUUUGCUAUGUCAACUUAAUGGAUACCACGAAAAAAUUAAGCGACGACAAUUAUCGUAAGAUUAGACUUAGUAUUGAGUACACUGUAGAUCCAAGUUUGUUGUUACGUAAUCUACCGGAUUUUUUUUAUAAAAUAUUUAGGAGAAUGUUCUAAGCCCUUUGGCGAGUAUUAUAAUUGUGUAUAAGACCCUAGUCUUUAGGUAAUGUUUUUCUAGGUUUAAAAGUUUUGCUCACGUGUCAUCCAACAUAAUUUGUGAAUAUUUUUUAUUUGAUUUUUGAGGUAGGCACCUAUGUAAGGACCUUUUGUAAGGGUGUUGCCAGUUUAGUCAUUAAAAAUGCCUCAUAGACUUCCAAAUGUUAUUUUUGACUUUAAAAAAAAAACUGGCAACAUUUGUAUCCGAGCAUGUUUUUAUAUCCAUCCAUAGUAUAUUGAAAACUUGUGAUAUUUUUGUCAUCUCUUGUUUUUUUUUUUUUUUAUUGUCAUCAGAUCAUAUCUAUAUUGGUAAGAAUUGUCAGAAUUUAUUUUGAAAUGUAUAUAGCGACAAUAUAAUUAUAAAAUAGUGAUGCACGUUUAUAGCCUGAGAAACUUCUGUUGCUGUGCUGAUUUUCAUUAGCGCAAAAUUCUCAAUAUAUUUUUUUAACGUAAAAUUCCAUAGUCGACACAUAGACAAAACUAUUGCAUGUUUAAAGAACUCCAGACUUAAGUCCAUCCACUUAAAACUCGGUGGCGCAGUGGUAAAGUGUUUGCCUCUGAACCGAGAGGUCCAAUCCCUGGUCGGGUCAUGAUGGAAAAUGAUCUUUUUCUGAUUGGCCCGGGUCUUGGAUAUUUAUCCAUAUAUGUAUAUGUUAUAGUAUCAUUGAGUUAGUAUCCCAUAACACGUCUAGAACUUACUUUGGAGCUAGCUCAAUCUGUGUAAUUUGUCCUAAUAUAUUUAUUUACUAAAAUAUAUAUUACCCCAAAAAAAUUUCUAUCACAUUUCAGGUUUUUGCGCUAAAAUGAAUCUAAAGGUAUGGUAAAUUGUUCGUAACGUAUCAGUUGUAUUGUAUACAUAGUUGUUAGUGUAAGCGGUUGUUUCUUGUCGGGUUAAUGUUACUGUUUAGGAAGGCAUAUCUGUAAUAAAUGUGUGUAUAUUGAGA